AACACAGAAGGACAUGCCGCUAUUUACUGAUCAAAAAGGAUCUUUUAUGAUUAUAGAGAAAAUAGAGGAUCUUCUAAGAGACUUAAAGUCAAAGAUCAGCAAGAACGAAUGUUCUAAGUGUGGAGUUGGUCUUGUUGAGGAAAAGGGGCCAGGUGACUGUUAUUACCCACCGCCAUAUACAUAUACAACUGCUCAGAAUCCGAAAGAAACAGGAAAACAAACAGAGAAAGAAAUUAUAGACAAAAAACGUCAACGGAGCUGCGAAACUAAAAUAUCGUAUGGAAAAACUGCCACAGAGUAUAUACAACAACUCGAAGAGGAAAAAACUUUUUUAAACAAUAAUUGCCAAAGACUUAAAGAAGAAAAUGAAAACAACAGUGCCGUGAUAUCUGAGCUGAGGGAAACCCUUUCAGAGAAUGAAAAUGAUAUUGCCAUUUGUAGAGAACAAUUAAUGAAAUACAAAGAGGAUGUAGGAAAUCUGAGAGACACUAUUGCAGAAAAAGAAGAUAAAAUACAAACGUUAAAUGACACAGCAAAAAAUAUUGAAAAAGAAAGGGCAGAAUUACAGCAGAUAAUAAACAGUAAAGAAAAAGAAGAGAAAUAUCGAAAUACAAAGCUUGAAGAGUUGAGGAAACUGAUAGACAAACAUGCAGCUUCUGACAAAGAGAAAGAAAGCCAGAUACAGAAAUUAAACAGAAUCAUCGAAGACACGAAAAACACGUUAGAAAAUCAUCAAAGGGAAAAUUCAGAACUAAGAAAGUCAAAUCAUCAGCACAAGUCAUCCUUAGCUGUCAAAGAAAGAGAAUUAAGCCAGCUAGAGGAGAGAUGUAGAAAACUGGAAGUCCAGAUUGAAAAGAAUUCCAGAAAAGAAAUUUGUGUUGGAUUUCAUACGACACUUGCACCAACCAUGUCCUCACUAAUACUAGAUGGACUGAUGAAAGAGCUGACUGACCGCUUGGCGGUGGAAAAGGUCGAUCUGGUGAGACGGCCAUUUUAUGGAAAUACAGAUUUCAAUUUUCCUCUGUUGGCCAUAUGUGUAAACGUCUCGAGGAUUGGGACAGAUGCUAAAGAAGUACUUAAGGGAAUACCAAAAGCUAACAAUUCUAAGGAUGUUGCACUUUUGGUGUUCCAUCAUAAGGAGGUUCAUGCUUUACCAAGUCAGACAAGUGACAAAAUUCUCACCGGAACUGAUUUCAGUCAUCUUGGUACCAUUAUAGAUUUUGCUUUUCUAUCUCAGAGAGGAAUUUAUGAAUGUGACAUGAACAUGAUGGGUAUCGAACGAAUUGCAUCCUUCUUACUACAGUACAAAACGAAGAAAAAUUAAACAUUUGUCUAAAUUCUUUAUUGGAGAUUUCAAAGCAUUAUCAUAAAUUUAACUAAAAUUUUUUAAGAGAUAUUUAUAAUAUAAUAUAAUUAUAAUAUAAUAAUAUAUUAUGGACUUAUGAAAUUUUUCUUUUUUCCCUAACAUUUUAUUAAACGGUAAAAUAAGGCUUUAUGUUAAGCCUUUGAAAGAAGAGACUAAUUCGUUUAAAACUUUAAGUUCUAGUUGAGAUGAAAUGAUAUAGCAAGAGAGAUAAAAACAAUUUUCUCUGUACAAUAGCGGUUUUAUUAGAAAUAACUCUAGUUAUUACUAUAAUAUUUAUAAUUGUUUUCAAUUUGUAAGCAACGUCAACCGAUAUUAAAAGAAUAAUGUCUUUUUGUUAAUUAAUUAAAAUUAGAUUUUCCGAAACCUCUACCGUUUGAGAAGAGUUAGAGGAUUCGGAAAUCUAAUUUUAAUUAGAUUGGUCUUUUUUGUUAAAUUUGUACCCUUGUCCUCAGAAAAACUGCCAUUAAAGAAAAAAAAAUCUU